CUGCGUGCUGGGAGCCGGCGGAGCCGGGCCGGCCCCUCGGCGGUGCCGCCAGACGGCGGCGGCCGGGCUGGGCGCUGCCGGCAGCCGGAGCAUCCAUCCCCCGCUCCGCUCCGCUCCGCCCCGCAGCCGCGGCCAUGACCGACAACAUCCCGCUGCAGCCGGUGCGGCAGAAGAAGCGCAUGGACAGCAAGCACCGCGGCGGGUGCUGUGAGUGCCUGAGAUGCUGUGGCAGGAGGGAGCCGAGGCCUCGCAGUGUCUGGCUUGGCCACCCCGAGAAGAGAGAGCAGAGGUACCCCCGCAAUGUCAUCAACAACCAGAAGUACAACUUUUUUACCUUUCUCCCUGGGGUGUUGUUUAACCAGUUCAAAUACUUCUUCAACCUUUAUUUCUUGCUCUUGGCCUGCUCUCAGUUCGUGGUGGAGAUGAGGCUUGGUGCACUUUACACAUACUGGGUUCCUCUGGGGUUUGUGCUGGCUGUCACCGUGAUCCGCGAGGCGGCCGAGGAGCUGCGCUGCUACAUGAGGGACAAGGAGGUGAACUCGCAGAUCUACAGCAAGCUCACAGCCAGAGGGACUGUCAAGGUGAAGAGCUCUAACAUACAAGUGGGUGACCUCAUCAUUGUGGAAAAGAACCAGAGGGUCCCUGCUGACAUGAUCUUCCUGAGGACGUCGGAGAAGAAUGGGUCCUGCUUCCUGCGCACGGACCAGCUGGACGGGGAGACGGACUGGAAGCUGCGGCUGCCCGUCACCUGCACCCAGCGCCUGCCCACGGCCUCUGACCUGCUGCAAACCCGCUCCUACGUCUACGCAGAAGAGCCCAACAUUGACAUACACAACUUCGUGGGGACCUUCACCAGGGAGGACAGUGACCCUCCAGUAAAUGAAAGUUUAAGCAUAGAAAACACCCUGUGGGCCAGCACAGUGAUUGCAUCAGGUACUGUGGUGGGAGUUGUCCUCUACACGGGAAGGGAGCUGCGCAGUGUCAUGAACACCUCCAACCCAAGAAGUAAGAUUGGCCUCUUUGAUCUGGAGGUGAACUGCCUCACCAAGAUCCUGUUUGGGGCUCUGGUGGUGGUGUCCCUGGUCAUGGUGGCCCUUCAGCACUUCGCAGGCCGUUGGUACCUGCAGAUCAUCAGGUUCCUGCUGCUGUUCUCAAACAUCAUUCCCAUCAGUUUGCGUGUGAAUCUGGACAUGGGGAAGAUCGUGUACAGCUGGGUGAUCCGCAGAGAUUCCAAAAUCCCUGGCACUGUGGUUCGGUCCAGCACUAUCCCUGAGCAGCUGGGGAGGAUUUCCUAUUUGCUUACAGACAAAACAGGGACUCUCACCCAGAACGAGAUGGUUUUCAAGAGGCUCCACCUGGGAACGGUGGCGUACGGCCUGGACUCCAUGGAUGAGGUGCAGAGCCACAUAUUCAGCAUUUACACACAGCAGCCGCAGGACCCCCCGGCCGUGAAGGGGCUGUCCCUGGCCACCAAGGUGCGGCGCACCAUGAGCAGCCGCGUGCACGAGGCCGUCAAGGCCAUCGCGCUGUGCCACAACGUCACGCCCGUCUACGAGUCCAACGGCGUCACCGACCAGGCCGAGGCCGAGCGCCACUACGAGGACUCCUGCCGGGUGUACCAGGCCUCCAGCCCCGACGAGGUGGCCCUGGUGCAGUGGACAGAGAGCGUGGGCCUGACGCUGGUGGGCAGAGACCAGUCCUCAGUGCAGCUGAGGAGCCCAGGGGGGCACAUCCUCAACUUCACCAUCCUGCAGAUCUUCCCCUUCACCUACGAGAGCAAGCGCAUGGGCAUCAUCGUGCGGGAUGAAUCCACGGGAGAGAUCACGUUCUACAUGAAGGGGGCAGACGUGGUGAUGGCUGGCAUCGUGCAGUACAACGACUGGCUGGAGGAGGAGUGUGGUAACAUGGCUCGGGAAGGCCUCAGGGUUCUUGUCGUGGCCAAGAAGUCUCUGACAGAAGAGCAGUAUCAAGACUUUGAAGCACGCUACGUGCAGGCCAAGCUGAGCGUGCACGACCGCUCCCUGAAGGUGGCCACGGUGAUCGAGAGCCUGGAGAUGGAGAUGGAGCUGCUGUGCCUCACUGGGGUGGAGGACCAGCUGCAGACAGACGUCAGGCCCACGCUGGAGACGCUGAGGAACGCUGGCAUUAAGGUGUGGAUGCUGACAGGGGACAAGCUGGAGACGGCCACGUGUACAGCCAAGAACGCUCAUCUGGUGACACGGACACAGGACAUCCAUAUAUUCAGACUGGUGACAAACCGAGGAGAAGCCCACCUGGAGCUGAACGCCUUCCGCCGCAAGCACGACUGUGCCCUGGUCAUCUCGGGGGACUCGCUGGAGGUGUGCCUGAAGUACUACGAGUGCGAGUUCAUGGAGCUGGCGUGCCAGUGCCCCGCCGUGGUGUGCUGCCGCUGCGCGCCCACGCAGAAGGCGCAGAUCGUGCGGCUGCUGCAGGAGAGGACGGGCAGGCUCACCUGUGCCGUGGGUGAUGGAGGGAAUGAUGUUAGCAUGAUUCAGGAGGCUGACUGUGGUGUUGGAGUUGAAGGAAAGGAAGGGAAGCAGGCAUCGCUGGCAGCUGAUUUCUCCAUCACUCAGUUCAAGCACCUGGGUCGUUUGCUCAUGGUCCAUGGAAGGAACAGCUACAAGAGGUCUGCAGCCCUCAGCCAGUUUGUGAUCCACAGGAGCCUCUGCAUCAGCACCAUGCAGGCUGUUUUCUCAUCAGUGUUUUACUUUGCUUCAGUUCCUCUCUACCAAGGCUUCCUCAUCAUUGGGUACUCCACAAUUUACACCAUGUUUCCUGUGUUUUCUCUUGUCCUGGACAAGGAUGUGAAAUCUGAAGUUGCAAUGUUGUACCCAGAGCUCUACAAAGAUCUUCUGAAGGGACGGCCGUUGUCAUACAAAACAUUUUUAAUCUGGGUCUUGAUAAGCAUUUAUCAAGGUAGCAUCAUCAUGUAUGGAGCACUCCUCCUUUUUGAGUCGGAAUUUGUGCACAUUGUGGCCAUUUCCUUCACGUCCCUGAUCCUCACCGAGCUGCUGAUGGUGGCACUGACGAUCCAGACGUGGCACUGGCUGAUGAUCGUGGCUGAGCUGCUCAGCCUCUCCUGCUACAUCGCUUCCCUGGUCUUCUUGCACGAGUUUAUUGAUGUUUACUUCAUUGCCACCCUGUCGUUCCUGUGGAAGGUCACUGUCAUCACCCUGGUGAGCUGCCUGCCCCUCUACGUGCUCAAGUACCUGAGACGGAGGUUUUCUCCCCCCAGCUACUCCAAGCUCACGUCCUAGGGCUGCUCCUGAAACAGAGACAGGCAUUGCCCAGGGCCCCAGACAACCCCAGCUGUUCCCACGAGGAACACGUCCCGUCCCUGCCCCAGGGCCCCGUGCUGAUCUCUGGUACCUGCUGCUGUAGUGAGACUGCCAGACUGCCCUGGAUGGGAACCCAACGCCAAGAGGGACUGUCUGGAGGGUGGAGGCUCUGAGUUCAUCCAGUUCUUGGCACUUUUGUUCUACUUAACUGGGGUCAAAUGCGUGGAACUGCGAUGGCAAUGGGUUUCUCUUGCAUGGUUCAAAGUCUGUGGAAGCUGCUACCUGACCUUGGGAUUUACAUUUGACAAUUUAAAGUGAAUUUUUUAAGCGUCCGCGCUGUUCUUUGCAUUGUGUUACUUUUUUUUUAAGUUUAUGUUAUUUGUCUUUUUGAUUCAAGUAGUUACAUUCUUUUUACAUCUUGGAAAUCCCUUAAUGUAGGUGAUGCACUACACUGCUGACAGCUGAUUCCUGAUUUAUGGCAUGUUGUUUCCAUAAUGGGGCUCCAGCCUGUCGGAUCUACACACACUGGAGAAUCUGAGCGUGUCUGAGAUUUUCCUUCCGUUGAAAUGUGGUCACCCCAGUGAUUUUGGAGGUAUCCAGCCAUUGAUAAAGACAGAGAAGUGGUAGCUCAAAACGAGAGAAUUCGGUUUUGUUUAGCUUUUGUGCUUCCUGUUAAAAGGAGCAGUGACAUAAUAGUUUUACUCUGUAUUUAUUUGUGUAGGAGAAAAUUAUCUAAACUAAAGCAAAUCCUCUUUGGAACAGAACUUUGCAGUUGAUCAUCCUUGAAAUGUGUCGACAACGUGAGAAGAGACUCGUAGUGUUCUGCAGACAAUGUGGCAGACGUGUCUUGAAUCCUUGGAGACUGAAAGGAGAGGUCACAGAGCUGCUACUCCUCGCAGCUCCAUGAAAUCUGUUUCCUGUUAGUGUGAAACUUUGAGGAUGAGCUGCAAAUAAGCAGAGGCACUCCUAGGUGGAUGUUUGAAUGACAUGCUCCCUGCAGAGAGGCAUUUUUUGGAGCCUUGCACUUGCUUGGCUCUAAAAACCAAACCUGAAUCACAGGAGUGGGUUCAUACAAAGGCAUUAGGCUGAGUGCAGAGCAAAUUAAUUCUCAGAAAUUAAACUCAGUGAGUUCUGUCAUUGUUAUAAACUUCAGUCCACAUUAUGAUCUCAUGAGGAGAGCCACAGGUACUUGGGCUUCUCAGUAGGACAGAGACUUACAGGGACCUUCUAGAGCUGGGUGGGUGCACCAAACACGGAUGGGCUUUUAGUGGCAGCCAUCCUUGUCUGAGGCUCCUCAGUCUGUGCUAAAUCAGCUGCUUGCUGUCUUCUUCCCACAUCAGAGAAACACGGCAGAGCUGGCACUGCUUGGUGCCCUUGUUCCUUGGCUGCCCAGGGGGGAAAGAGCCCAGGGGCUGAGCUCGGGUUCUAGAGCAGAGCCCAGAUCCUGAGCUCCUGUGCCAGAGCAGGGCCUGAGCUCCUUCUCCUGUCCCAGAGCAGGUCCUGAGCUCUGUCCCAGGGCAGAACCAGGGCUCCCUUCUGGGCGUUGGGCUCACAGCCUCCUGUGAAUUAAUUAAUGCUGUUUUGCCAGAAAGGUCCUUAACAUUGUCUUCAUCAUGGCUGGAUAGUGUUGGCCAUGCCAAUGUUCUGGAGUCCCCAGGCAGCAUUUCACAGAAUCAUGGAAUGGUUUGGGUUGGAAGGGACCUUAAAGGCCAUCCAGUGCCACCCUGCCAUGGCAGGGACACCUUCCACUGUCCCAGGCUGCUCCAGCCCUGUCCAGCCUGUCCUUGGGCACUGCCAGGGAUCCAGGGGCAGCCCCAGCUGCUCUGGGCACCUGUGCCAGGGCCUGCCCACCCUCACAGGCAGAAUUUCUUCUCAAUAUCCCAUCUAAUUUGCUUUCAUUAGUUUAAAUACAAGAACCAAGGAUUCCUCCUGGCCCCAGGUGGUGCCUGGCUGGCUCUGGUGCCCAGCCCUGCCCUCUCUCCUGUGUCUGGUACUUCAAUGUUCUGCAACAGCAACAGUGCCAAGCUACUGUGUGUAAAUAUUUGAGACAUAUAAAUGGUAGAAUUCACUGUUUCCUCAAGUCAAUACAGUUUACACUGAGUGGACCAUAUUUGCAAACUAUUAGCUUACACCAAGAAAGGGAGUGAACUGUGAUUUCAUUUGUAUUUAUUUAAUCAUAAGUUUAGUAGCAUAUUUAGUAGAGUUGAUAGUGAUCUCGAGCCGUGUUUUGGGGUGUGGAUUAUGUUCUUUGCAGUUCGUGUUUUUGCACAAGGUAGUAAAUCCAGAAGUCAUUUCUGCCUGGAUAUACACUACAUCUUUUCAAAGCAGUCAGAGACUAAAAUUGCCAUCUAACAAACAGCAGGGAAGAGGAACACUUCUGUUUUUCAAGUUUAGCACUUUAUGUUUGCAACCCAUUUCUCUUAAGUUAUUUAAAAAUGUUUUUAAAAGCAAAAUUUAAUACACAUGUUCCUAUUUACUGUACAUUAAAAUAAAUGGAUUCUCUGCUGGAAAUUUCAUCUUUUCCUCUAGUAUGCUCAUAAUUUGUACUUCUGGGGAGUGAAGCAUUGUUUUCUUCUUCUGUGCAGUAUCUUGUUUGUGGCCUUAGUGUUCUUCCUAUUCCUGUAUCUGUGUGGGCUGUGCUGUAGCAGUUCAUGUGUGACCUGUGUGCUUUGGGGUGAUGCCCCUGGGUGCCAGUGGAGUCUCACCGUGCUCCUGCUGCCAGCCCCCCGUGCUGAGCUGCUGCAGGCUGAGCUUUUGUGGCACGCUCUGUUCUCCUCCUGCACUCUGCAGCAAUUCCAGCUGUGUCACACCCUCUCUACCCCUUACCUCUGGCUUUCUGUGCUCUGCAGAGCUUGUUCACCUGUGCAAACACUGUUCAGCUCAGCUGUGGGGCAGUGGAAACCCGGCACUGUGUGUUCCACAGUCUGGCAGGGUCUGAUCAGAGCUGAGGGGUGCUCAGGACCCUCCCUGGUGUCCCCUGGGGGUGAGCACUGUGUGCUGGGGCUGCCCCAGGCUGUUCUCCUGUGCUGGCCCAGCCCAGCCCAGGCCUCUGGAGCUGCUGGGGAGGUGUGUGGGGGGAUCUGGGUUUGUCAGGGAGCCCCAGCACAGAGGGAAUCCCUGAAUCUGCUCUGCUGCAUCACUGGCCCUCCCUGGUUUGCACAAGCAGAGCUCUGCCCCAGGGAUUGACCCCUGCCUGGCACAGCUCAGUGUCCCCAGCUGCUCCUGUGGCACUGGGCUCAUCCCACAGCGUUGGGGCCACCCCAGUGGGCUCUUUAUUUAUUAUUGGUUAUUUCAUAAGUGUUCAGCUCUAUGAUUUGCAUGAAAUCCUGUGGUUCACAGCUUUGCCAAUAUGGUCCAUUACUACUGCCUACGACAACUUGUGUACUUAUAUGCCUUUGAGAACAGUUUUACUUGUUAAAAUGGUUUAAAAAUCAGUGUUAAUUUAAUUUUUAAUGGGGAAAUGGAUUCUGGUGUCAAAAUGGUAUUUACUGUGAUGCCGAUGUUUUGUACCUGUCAUCCAGCUAAACAACCUGUAAAUAUCCUGAGUCAAGAGAAACAUGAAUGCCAAUUAUUUAUUGUUCUGUGGAGUUACAUGUCGCAGAUGUGUAAGACCUUAAAAGGGAAUGUUGUAAAACAAGGUGGAAAAAAAUAAAUUUUAUGCAACUUCUUUACUUCA